AUGGCGCCCCAGCCGGGGACGAUCCGCUACAAGAGCACGCGCGGCGGGGCCAGCGACCUCACCUUCGAGCAGGCCGUGUUCGAGGGGCUGGCCCCUGAUGGGGGGCUCAUGGUCCCGGACGUCAUCCCUGACGUGUCCAAGAACUACAAGGACUGGAGGGCCUUAAAGUUCGACGAGCUGGCCUACGAGAUCGCGUCGCUGUACUGCGGGGACGACGAGAUCCCGGCGGCCGAUCUGCGCAAGCUGAUGAGCAGGAGUUACGCGUCUUUCGAGCACGCGGACGUCGUGCCGACGGUGAAGCACGGCAACCUGCACAUCAUGGAGCUGUUCCACGGGCCGACGUUUGCGUUCAAGGACGUGGCGUUGCAGGCCCUCGGGAACCUCUACGAGUACUUUCUGAAGCGGAAGUCCCGCAGGCUGACGGUGGUGGGUGCCACGAGCGGCGACACGGGCAGCGCGGCCAUCUACGGGCUGCGCGGGAAGGAGAACGUGGAGUGUUUCAUCCUCUUCCCCGAGGGCCGCGUGUCGCAGAUUCAGCAGCAGCAGAUGACGAGCGUGCUCGACGGCAACGUGCACUGCGUCGCGGUCAAGGGCACGUUCGACGACUGCCAGAACAUCGUCAAGGGCCUCUUUGGCGACCUGGACUUCAAGAAGGCCUACGGCCUCGGCGCCGUGAACUCCAUCAACUGGGCACGGAUCAUGUUCCAGAUCACUUCACUCGGUGGCGGAUUUCUAUACGUAUUUCCGGCUCUUCCCAAAUUGUGA